AUGUCAAUUUCGUCAUUCUCACAUAUUCAUUACGUUACGAUAACUUCGAUUACUCCUUCUUCCUCUUUGAAAAAAAUACGUCGAUUUUCAGAAGAGAAGAUGAAUGCUGAUCCGUGGGCCCGUCCGAACUUCAAUCUCUGGAGUGUAAGCGCAGAACCACCAAAAAACAAACCGGUGGUUGAAUACGGGAAGCCAAACGACAAACGAUUCACCAUUCGCGUUGUCCAUGGUGGGUUCUUUACAGACUACCCAGGCAAGGCGUAUCAACAACCAAGGUUCACUUCAUUUCUUAUGUGA